AUGACUGGUAGUGUACAUUUUUUUCAUCUUCAUCAUUUUAGGAUUCCACUUAUUCUCUCUGUUUCUGGCUCUUGUUUGAUAGUCUUCGAUGUAGAACAAUCAAAACUGAUUCUCGUUGGCGACUUAGAAGAGGAGAUAUGCUGUUGUUGUAUUUGUGGUGCCGAUAUUUUUGUCCUUCUUCGUGGUAUUGCAGUUCCUCGGAAGUACACCUUAUGCAGUCGCAUAGCAGUUGUUAAGCGAUUGCUUGCAAAGUCCCUACCUGUCCAAUGUGCUCAAUUUAUGAUACUCUACAAGUGUUGCACCUGGCCGUCUGAUCUCGUGAACUCAACUACAGAUGCUCUCGCGCCGUCGACGAAGAAGGUGAAAUCAUGUCCUUGCAAAUGGGAAUCAUUCCCGGGCUCUAUAAAACUUAAUGGGUAUUACCAUGUGAACAUCAACGUAGCUGUGUUUUAA